AUGAUAUUAAAGAAAUUGGCCUUUGAAGAUUUAGAAGAAUUUUUGUUAUACGAAGCAUCUUCUGACAAUCCUCUCGAAAUACAUCUUAGACACAGUAAUAUAAGUGAAUAAGGUGUAUAGAAGCUAAGUUCAGCUUUGGGAAAAUUCACUAAUCUUUAAGCUUUAAAUAUCAAUCUUAGAGCAAAUAUAUUAGGCGAUUUAGGCACAUCUGUUUUAUGUUAAGGUCUUGCAAAUUGCACACAUAUUACAAUGCUAGAGCUUGAUCUUGAAUUUAAUUAAAUUGGGAACUAGGGAGCAGCUGCUUUAGGCUCUAUUUUGGCAAGCUGCUUAAGUCUUUAAACUUUAAACUUAGAUCUGAGUUCUAAUUUAAUCAGUGUUUUUGGCUUAGAAGCUUUAGGUUCAGCUUUUGCUGCCAUAAUAAAUCUUUCUACUUUAAUACUAAGAUUUAGAAACAAUUUAAUUUGUGCAGAUGGAGCAUGUGCUUUAGGAUCUGGUUUGACAAGCUGCAAAAAUCUAUAAAUUUUGAAACUUGAUCUUUAGUCAAAUUAAAUCAGCUCAAAAGGUGCUUAAGCUUUAGGUUCAUCCUUGGCUACAUUUAAUAAUCUCUCAAAUUUAAUCUUAAACCUUGAAGAUAAUUAGAUCAAUUCAUAAGGCGCAUUAGAUUUAUGUCAGGCUUUGGUAAACUCUAGAAAUCUCAUUAUUUUAUCUCUUUUCCUUGGUAAAAAUGAAAUAGGAGAUGAAGGUAUAUCUAGUUUAGCUAUUCCAUUUGCAAAAUUUUCUAUUCUUUCGACUUUAAAGCUCUGCUUCUUAUCAAGCUCUCUUUCUUCACAAGGCAUAUUAGCUUUUGGUUCUGUUUUUGUAAGCCCAGCUAAUCUCAUUGAUUUAAAUCUUAGCUUCUUUAACAAUUAAAUUGAUGGGAUGGGUGCAUCAGCUUUAGGUCUAGCUUUGGCAAAAUUUUCUAAUCUUUCAACCUUAACUCUUGACUUAAGAUACAAUUAAAUUGGUGGUUAGGGAAUAUCAGAUUUAUGCUCUGCUUUAGCAAGUUGUUUCAACCUAUUAAAUUUGAUUCUAGAUCUUGAUGAUAAUUAAAUUGGUACUUAAGGUGCAUUAGCUCUAACUUUUGCAUUACGAAAAAUACCCAAUUUAUAAGUACUCACACUCUCAAUUAAUUACAACUAAAUUGAAAAUGAAUCUAGAUCUCUUAUAGCUUACAGGAUUCUUAAAAUGAAGAGAUUAGUAAUGAAACAAAUAUAUUUAUGA